AUGGUAAAGGGUAUAAUCGCGAUUUCUUUUCACGGGUUUAUAGUAGCGGCCGCGGUAGCUCUCGCGAUGUGGGCGGCGGGCGUGAACGCUGGCGCAGCGCGCUAUGAUACUGCUACUCCCUACACUCCACCUUCUUCAAAAUACAAAUACAUACCCCUACAUUCCAGUUACACAAACGAAGAAUCACUUGCAUCGACCGACGAAUCUGAAGAAAGCGGCUGGGGUUCAAGGAUGCCGAUUUCAGAAAUUAUCCUCACAGUUUUUCGAACCGCUCUCGAUGUUGUUAGAAAAGUUAAUAAGAACCGAUCCAGUAUACCGCUGCUUUCUCCAAAGGCGAAUAGUACCGCAGUCCAGUUGCGUCGCACCAAUGUUAAUAACGAAACAUCGCAAAACGGCCGAGGAUUCGAGGAUUAUUACGACGAGCAUCACUAUCACGACCAUGACCACCAUGAGACUACCACCGUGAAGCCUAUGAAACAGGGCAGAUACGAUGACCCCUGGGCUGGAUACUACGACUGGAUAAUUAAUGAGGGUUCCUUCAAAUUCUGGAGCGUAUUUCAACUCUUCACCGUCGCACUGCUUCUCUACGCGUGUCUAUCGGCCAUCUACUAUGCCAAGUUCAAUCCUAUUCUUCCAGACUACAGCAUGGAAUAUGAUGACUAUUUCUUACAACGUACAGUAGGUAGAAGCGCCAGAAGCCUCGACAGUUCGGAAAUGCCAUCAGGAUUAAGUUGGAUAAACCCUACGACUUUCCAAUUCAUUUUGGAUGCAAUAUCGAAGCAUUAUGAAUAA